UUUUGUUUUAUUUUUGUUUCUGUUUAUUAACUGUUUAUUAGAUUUUUUCUGAAAAAAUAAAAAAAUAAAAUAAAAAAUAAAUAGAUGGGUCCAGUUUAGAAGUUAAAGCAAUGGGAGCAAAUGCAUCCUCUUUAGAAAAAGACAUUGGGUCAGAAUUUCCUAUUAAUGAGCAUUUUUUUGGACUAGUUAAUUUUGGAAACACUUGUUAUUGCAACUCUGUACUGCAAGCAUUGUAUUUUUGUCAACCAUUUCGUGAGAAAGUUCUCUCUUACAAGCCCUUGAAUAAGCGUAAAGAGAACCUUUUAACAUGUUUGUCAGACCUUUUUAAUAGCAUAGCUACACAAAAGAGAAAAACAGGAGUUAUUGCUCCAAAACGAUUUGUAGCACGUCUUAGGAAGGAAAAUGAACUGUUUGACAACUACAUGCAGCAAGAUGCCCAUGAGUUUCUUAAUUAUCUACUGAACACUAUUGCUGAUCUUUUGCAAGGUGAAAAGCUAAAGGAGAAAGAAAAAGAAAAACUUGGAAGCUUAAGCAGUGUUAGUAGCAAAGCAAGUGGUAGUUCAGGGUAUUCCACAACCACAAGUCAGUUUACUUUAAAAGAGCCUCCUGAACCUACCUGGGUGCAUGAUUUAUUUGAAGGUACACUUACAAACGAAACACGAUGUCUUUGUUGUGAGACAUUAAGUAGCAAAGAUGAAUCAUUUUUGGAUAUAUCAGUAGAUGUUGAGCAGAAUACAUCAAUUAGUUAUUGUUUGAAAAAUUUUUCUUUCACUGAAACUCUGUGUAGUGAGCAAAAAUAUUUUUGUGAAGUGUGUGGUAGUAAACAAGAAGCUCAAAAAAGAAUGAUGGUGAAGAAAUUACCUCAGAUACUUGCAUUGCAUUUAAAAAGAUUUAAAUACGUUGAACAACAGCAGAGGUUUACCAAACUAUCGCAUAGAGUUACAUUUCCGCUUCAACUUCGAUUAUUUAAUACUUUAGAAAAUGCAACUCAUCGCGACCGUUUGUAUGAUCUUUCAGCGAUUGUAGUUCACUGUGGCACUGGUCCAAAUCGUGGUCAUUACAUUGCAAUAGUUAAAAGUCAUAACAUUUGGCUGCUUUUUGAUGACGACAUUGUAGAUAAAAUCGAAACUCGUUCAAUCGAAGAUUUCUUCGGAUUAACUACUGACGUACAAAAAAACUCGGAAUGUGGUUACAUAUUGUUUUACGAAUCGCAUAAGUUAUCGUUAAAGUAGGUCUUCAGCACAAAAUGUUUGGGAAAUAUUUAUCUUGAAAUUUAAAAAAUGUAACACUCAUUAAUAUUACCACGUGUUACGUUUAUGCUUCCGAAAAACGAUUGCACAACUACAUUAAUUGUUGCGUCGCACGAUGAUGAUAUGAAAAAUAAAUAUAAAAAGACUAAUUCGAAGAAACGUUAUAUACAAUAUGACGUCAUACUACAUGAAAGUUAAAACAGUCUAAGGGAAAUGUUUACCCAAAUCGAUGGGGGUGAACUUCAUUUUUAAUUUGAAUUUUUACAUUUUUUGUAUUAAUUUUUUGCUUUUUUAAUUAUAUAGAAUUUAAAAGAUAAAAUAUAUUUGUUAUUUAAACUUUUACAUUUACUUGCAAUGAUGAUCUUGGUGGUAGUAUGUUUUGUAUGAUUAAUUGAAGAAGUGAUAAGUUAUUGAUUGAAGAAGUGAUAAGUUAUUGAUUGAAGUGAUAAUUGCUUAUUUUAAAAUUUUGAAACUAGUUUUAUCAAAUGUAUUUGAAAUCUAAUAUACCGAAGUCCCUAAUGAGUAAAUGCUGUUUGUUUUUUUGUUUUUUUUAAAUAUUAUAUUGAAGAUAUUAUUUUUGUUUUACGCCAAGCACCAAAACAGGGCCGACGACACCGGGGGAGGGAGGGGGCAUCGGGCAUGUCUUCCCCCCAUUGCACUAAAAUUUUCUAAAGGAUCGUUUUUUUUUCUUUUUUCAAAGAAUGUUUAAAUAUUGAUAUAGAGGACUUUUUUCACAAACUAAUGGUUAUGCCUGCCCACUUCAAAACCCGUGUCGUCGACCCUGCAAUAUAUAUUUUUUAAUGCUUUUUUAUAUUGAAUUCGGUAAAAGCUUAUUUUAAGAAAUGUCAUUUUUACGACAAAGUUCUUCUCUAAAAGUUUUAUUGGAUAUUUAUUAGAAAUUUCAUUAAAGUAAGUUUGAAAUGUUAUUGGA